GUUGGGUGACACUCUGUCUGCGAUACGAAUCUACAGAUGCCGCUUAAACGCUCUGCAGAUCGCCCGAUGUUGGUGUUAUAAGAGCCAGAGACGAUGAAAAGGUUCAUUAAGAUGGCUGAUUUUGCAGUUCGCACGUGUGGAAUAUUUUUGGAUUACUUCAGAAAGACUUGUUUUCUCCCCUGGGACUAGAAUCGGUGUUGUGGGUGACCGUCUCCUCUGCCAACAGCCUGCAGCUUUCAGUCCUUUUCCCCCCACACUUUGCUGAGAUGAUUACGUUCUUUUACAUCGUGAUUGAAGUAGUGAUCGCUGUUCUUUCCGUUUUCGGCAACGUACUGGUGUGCUGGGCUGUUGCGAUCAACACCACUCUGAAGAACGCCACCAACUAUUUUCUGGUAUCUCUGGCUGUGGCUGAUAUUCUCGUCGGGUGCCUCGCCAUCCCCUUUGCCAUAACCAUCAGCAUCGGCAUACCCCUGGACUUUUAUGGAUGUCUCUUCCUUGCCUGUUUUGUCCUGGUGCUCACUCAGAGUUCCAUCUUUAGUCUUCUGGCUAUUGCAAUUGAUAGAUAUCUAGCCGUUAAAAUCCCUCUCAGGUACAAGGAGCUGAUGACGGGUAAAACUGCCAGAGAGAUCAUUGCUAUUUUAUGGAUUCUCUCCUUUAUUAUUGGCCUCAUCCCAUUCUUUGGAUGGAACUUGAAGUCUAAGAAAUGUGGUAACAGCAGCACUAUGAACGCUAGCAUCACAGCAGCGCCGAGUGCCACGGGGGACUUGCCACGGAGCUGCAAGCUCACGUGCUUGUUUGAGAGCGUGGUAGACAUGCAUUACAUGGUGUACUUUAAUUUCUUUGUCUGCGUGCUGCUGCCACUGCUCAUCAUGCUGGGCAUCUACCUGAAGAUAUUCAACGUGGCCAGGAAGCAACUGAGGCAGAUCGAGCUGAAAUGCGUGGGCAACGGCGACAGCCAAAAUCACGGGUUGCUGCAGAAGGAAAUCCGAGCUGCCAAAUCCCUCUCCAUCAUCGUGGGACUGUUUGCCAUUUGCUGGCUGCCUGUCCACAUCCUCAACUGUGUCACGCUGUUUUACCAGAAGCUACAGCUGGAGGUCGUCAUGUACGUGGCCAUCAUUCUGUCUCACGCCAACUCUGCAGUAAACCCCAUCAUCUAUGCUUACCGAAUCAGGGACUUCAGGGUCACAUUCCGCAAGAUCCUGAGCCCCUUUACAUGCAAAAAGGAGAAGUCCCUCAGCUCCAAUGGCAGCAAACGCAACAAAGACCAAAUCAACAUGACCAUCGACCCUCUGCUAUAGGGAACCGUACAGGAGUAUUAUCUGUGUCAAUUGUUGUUUUAGUCUUGACUUUCCCAGUUUUCUAAUGUUUACAGAACAAUGGUAUGAUAUGUAAAGAUGUCAAACGCGCCUUGAAUGUGGACAUUUAAUUAUGAACAGUGCAAAGUAUCAGGGGCCAAGCAAUGAUAUGUUUCAUAGCAAGUCUUACAAAUCUUUUCUAUUGUGAAGGAUACACACACACACACACACACACACACACACACACACACACACACACACAGGGGUGCACAUAAGUGGUCCACAGGUGCGCAUUCGCUGUCAAAAUAGAAGAUGCGCACCAAAUAAGAAAUUGGAACGCGUGUUUGCAUCCAUAUAAAAGGCACUGUGUUUGUCCGCUACAGUGGGAUUUUUUAUUUUUAUUCAUAU